AUGGCCAACGGCCCUGUGGGUACUGUACUUAACCCGAUAUCUUUUGUAGACAGUGACCUUCCCGCCAAAAUGGGUGGUCUCUGCAUCUACAGCUGCAAUGCUAGCUGUUCCAACCAAUUUUGCAGAAGGGAAAAAACUAUGUUCGUUUCCCCAAGUCUUUUGGUUCGGAUCGCCCGGGAACGCCGCGGACGCCGACGGACAGCCACGGACGCCAUGGCAACGAAUGGCCUGAAGGAAUCGCCCAUUCUGAAGAAGUAUGUGGAGAACGGCGACGUGGUGGGCAUCUGCGUCAGCGGCGGCUUGGACUCCAAGACCGUGGCCUUGCGCUUGCGCCUGGCCGGCGUCAAGGUGAAAUGCUUUACUGCAGACAUCGGACAGCCAGAUGAAGAAGACGUGAAUGACGUGAUCAAAAAGAUGGCUCCCUGUGGUGUUGAAACCAUCGUGGUGGAUCUCAAGAAGGAGAUCGCAGAGGGAGCCUUCGAGGCGGUGGCAGCUCAAGCGAUGUACGACGGGGGCUACUGGCAGUCCACCGGCAUCGGACGAUAUGUCACUGCCAGGGGUCUGUUGGAGACCAUGAAGAAGCACGGCUGCACCGUGCUGUCCCAUGGUGCCACAGGCAGAGGAAACGACCAAGUCCGAUUUGAGCGGUACGUCAAUGUCAUGGACCCCUCCUUCAAGGUCUAUGCUCCCUGGCGCGAUCCUGUGCUCCUGGACGAGUUCCCGGGGAGGACGCAGAUGCUGAGUUUCUUGCAGAAGCAUGGUAUCGGCCACCAGAUUGUGAGCCAGGCGUCCAAGAGAUACUCUACGGAUGCAAACAUUUGUGGUCUGAGCAACGAAGCCGAGGACCUCGAGUCGAUGCAGACUCCCAUCACCAUCGUGAAUCCUGUGAUGGGCGUAUGGCCCAAGGAUGCCCCUGACCAGCAGGAAGAGAUCACCAUGAAGUUCGUUGCAGGCAGAUGUGUGCAGAUCAACGGCAAGGACGUGUCUCCUCUAGAAGCUGUUCAGCAGUCAAAUCAGAUCGCGGGUCGCAACGGCAUUGGCCUUUGCCAAGCGCUGGAGAACCGGAUCCUGGGAACCAAGUCCCGGGGCGUUUAUGAAGCUCCUGGCAUGACAUUGUUGGGCCAUGCAUUGGAUUGUGUGUACAUGUCUGUGCUGGACCGGAGGUCUACAGCUCUUUUCAGACAACUCAGUACUCAUAUCUCGGAUCAGAUCUACGACGGGCGCUAUUUCGAUCCCUCCACGCGCGCCGCCAUCAAUGCGGUGUGGCAGUUAGCGGAGCCGGCUAGCGGGACCGUCAAGCUCGGCCUUCACAAGGGCCACAUGUUUUUUUUGUCGCUCACCGGGUGCCCUCACAGCAUCUAUUUUGAGGAAGACUCCUCUAUGGAAGCAUCUGGUGGCUUGAAUCCAGCAAGCUCACAGGGAUACUUGGAGGUUUCGUCCGUCGAGGCGAAGGCCUUGGCGAAGGCCAAGUUGAUUGAUACUGGAAGUGUUUGGAGUAAAAGACAGAAGACUGCCUGAUGGAGUCAGGCAGUGCCUCCAGGAGCAAAUGACGCUUUCAGUGGUGCAUCUUAGGCGCUUUUCUUUAGACUUUAGAACGAUAGGAUCUCCUUCGUUUCCAAACAGCACCAACAGAUGGUACGUCUUACCAUGGCGUGCGUUAAAA